AUGGUUCGUGCUUUCACAUCUGCUGGUCCUGGCCCUUGGUCUGGAGCAAGUAAUAUACGGACAAGUGUAGAAUUGCCACCGCCACCACUAGAUAUUCAAGCAUCGCGAAUAAAUCAACAUCAAAUCAAAGUCACAUGGCGUAUACCAACACGUGAAGAUCAGUCUGGCACAGGCAAUAAACAAAUGUCUAUACAAGGUUUCCGUCUGCUAUACUCAGCCAAUAAUAAUCCAUACGAAGCAGGUCAGUGGACAUCAUUUGAUGUUGGUCCAGUGAAUAUGGCCAUAAUAAGUCAUUUAGAAAGUAAAACAAGUUACGUAAUAUGCAUUAAAUCACGUGGACCAGAUGGACGUUAUGGUGAUUGUAGUCAACCGGUUAUAAGUCGACUAGCCACUGGUAAUAGUGAAAGUGAUUUUUCAGUUCGUGGUUUAUUCUGUUCUGGUGAUGACACCAGUGUGAAAGUAACUUGGCAACAACCGAAAAGAACAGAAAAACUGGAAGGUUUCAAAAUUGACAUGAAGAAAGUUGUUUACUUUAAAGUUUAUUUUAUUUUUAAGCAAAAAGAAAACUUUUAUAAUUUAUUCAUAAGAGCUUAA